AUUUACAACCCCCUUUAGAGUUUUUGGCCUUUGUCUUCUUCACACACACUCUCUCUCCUCUUUCUUCUCAUCUCUCUCUCUUUCUCUCUCUCCAUCUACCUUUCGGUUUCAGUGUUGGUUGAGCAAUUUAGGUGAAGUACUUCCUAAACCUUCCCUCUUUUUUUUUUCUCUCUCCUCUUUUUCCUCACCAUUUCUUUCACUCGAUCAUCCGAUCUUCUUGAUUUUCUUGAUCGUACAUACCAUUACCAUGCUUUGACUCCAUUUCCGGCGAAUCCAUAUUUCAAUUUCUGAUUUCGACGAUGUCGAUUUCGGACGAUUAGGGUUUUGAUCGGUGUUUGUGUAUAUUGAUUGAUUUUGUUUCCGUCAAAGUUUGAUUAUUUUGGGGAUUUUGAUUGCGUUAGGGUUUUCAAUUGCUGUUGUUUGGAUAUGCAUAUUGAGGAUUUCGAAUCGGAAUCGGUUCUGGUAGGUGAAUCGGAAAAGAAUUCUUGUGAUGUUAGGGUUAGGGUUUCUGGUGAUGAUGAACAUGACGUCGUUUGGGAUCCCAAGAGGGUGCUGAUUGGAGCUGGUGCUCGUUUCCUUUUUUACCCUACGUUGGUUUAUAACGUUGUAAGGAACAAAGUUCAGACCGAGUUCCGCUGGUGGGAUCGAAUUGGUCAGUUUGUCUUGCUAGGUGCUGUUCCAUUCCCCAGCGAUGUGUUGCGACUGAAAGAGCUUGGUGUCCAUGGCGUAAUCACUUUAAAUGAGCCUUAUGAGACUUUGGUCCCCACUUCUCUGUAUCAUGCUCAUGGCAUCUAUCAUCUUGUGCUUCCUACUAGAGACUAUCUCUUUGCUCCCUCAAUGAAUGAUAUAUGCCAAGCUGUGGACUUCAUCCAUAGAAAUGCGUCUCGUGGUUGGACAACUUAUGUACACUGUAAAGCUGGUCGUGGUCGUAGCACCACAAUCGUCCUAUGUUACCUGGUGCAACAUAAGCAAAUGACUCCUGAGGACGCUUACAGCUAUGUGAGAUCCAUCAGACCAAGAGUUCAGCUUGCUUCAUCCCAGUGGCAGGCUGUUAAGGAUUAUUACAAUUGUAAGGUGAAAAGCUGUGACUCAAAUCCGAGUAACAGUUUGAUAAUCAGAAGCUCAGGACUCGAAUCAUUGGGCAACUUGUUUGAAUUUGAUGACUGCUCCGUAGUAGUGGUGACAAACUCCGAUCUUGACGGCUAUGAUCCAAGUCAGCCGAGUGUUAAAGAUAGUCAAAUAUUGGCAGAUCUGAGCGUGAUAUACAAGGCACGUGUUGCUGGUCAGGCAGCGCUUGCCAGGCUUUCCUGCUUGUGGCUUCGUUGUCACACCCAGCAGAAGAUUGCAGAGGAGCAGCUUCUUAGGCAGGGUAGCUGCACCAUCAGGGCAGACCAGAUAAGUGGCAGCCUUACUGUAGACAUCCAUGUGUAUUAAGAUGGUCUUGUAUUUGCAUCAAAAUCAAAGAUGUUUGAUACCCUGCUUUCUAUUUUCCGCCCUGGUAAAUAUGAGAAGGCUAAUAAAAAUUCUGGGUUUUGCUCGGCCUUGGCCGACUCGCCCUUGUAAA